UUUUCUCGUUUUUCUCCAAUUUUCGCAUUUUCAUCGCUUCAAUUCAUUCAAUCGAAUCGAACAGCAAAGUAGAAGUGAAACAUUUUUCAGCAACUGUUGUGAAAUAAUCGUGUUUUCAGAAUUUUCCGGUGAUAAACCGACUACAAAAUGGUCGAAUCCGUUGCGGACGAAUGCAAAAAUCCGGAUGAUGGGCCACAGAAUGUGCUGGAUGCGUUCAACGUUCAGGAUAAGCAGCGAGUUUGGGAACUAAUUCGGCAGCUGCCGGUACCUACUCUGACAGAAGAUCGAUUUGAGGAAGCUUUCGAAGAAUACACGGAAGUUUUGGGCAAGUAUCAGGAACAGCCUCAUUUAUUGGACGGUAGCUUGGAGGAACUGGUUCAGGGAUUGCUGAGUUUUGUACUGGACACGGAACAGAACCAGCUGGUGAAACAUAGAGCGGCGAAAUUUCUCUAUCAGCUGUGUAAGGUACGGACGUUCAAAGCUUUCCAGAAGUGCUUGCCGCAUGAAAUUCGGUAUUUGAGUUUCGUGCUAGGAUACCUGGAGCAGCAGGAUCUCGAGGAUUGGAAGUACUGGGAGACACGGUUUUUGUGUUUGCUGUGGCUGUCGAUUUUGGUGUUGAAUCCGUUCGAUUUGAGUCGGCUGGAUGGAAACGAUGGAGGUAAAAGUACGAUGGAACGGAUUUAUGAAGCUUGUAAAAUAAAUUGUCUGAAGGAGGAUACUUGUACGCCAGUUGCGGCUUAUCUUACCUCAAAAUUUUUAAUAAGGAAUGACGUUAAGAAAGUUUACUUGGAGGACUUUCUUGAUUGGGCUAGCAUUACGGAUCUUGUGAUAGAUCCGAAGAUUGGUCCAUUAGCUGGAAUAGCUUGCGUGCUGAAGCACGGAAAACGUGAGGAUCUCCUCCCUUAUGCUGAAAAAUUGGCUAGUUUUGUGCUGCAUUUGGACUAUGAACAAAUAUCUAAGAAUUUCAAAGUCUAUAAAACUUGCAUUAAAGUCAGUCAGCGGAUUGGGAUGGUCAUGCUUCCGCCUCGAAUAGCCAAGUGGCGGUAUCAGCGGGGAGCGCGGUCGCUUUUGGCUAACGUUCCUAAACCUGUAACCGUUGCUUCCCUACAACAGGAUGUUUCCAAAUUAGAAGAUUCUUCUCCGGAUGAAGCCGAGGAAGAGGAUGACGAAGAGGUACCCGCAGAGAUUGAGGAAAUUAUCGAACGACUUCUGCUGGGAUUGAAGGGUAACGCAACUAUCGUUCGUUGGAGCUCUGCUAAAGGAAUUGGGCGUAUUACGAAUCGAUUACCUAAGGCACUGGGGGAUGAAGUCGUGUCCUCGGUCAUUGAAUUGAUCAAUCCGAUGGAACAGGAUGCCGCAUGGCACGGAGCAUGUCUAGCGUUGGCAGAGCUGGCCCGACGUGGUCUUUUACUGCCGGGGCGGCUUACCGAAAUCAUUCCACUGUUGCUGCAGGCUUUGGUGUACGAUGAAAUGCUUGGCUAUCGAAACGUUGGACAGAAUAUUCGAGAUGCAGCUUGUUACAUGUGUUGGGCCUUUGCCAGAGCGUUUCAUCCCGUUAUCCUGCAACCGUUUGUGGAACAAAUUGCCUCCGCACUGCUGGUGACGGCCGUUUUCGAUAGGGAAAUCAACUGUCGCAGAGCGGCGUCGGCUGCCUUUCAGGAAAGUGUUGGACGGUUGGGAAACUUCCCGCACGGAAUCGAUAUUCUGACGAUGGCGGAUUUUUUCUCUGUUGCGGUGAGGAGUAACGCGUUUCUUCAAAUCAGUGAUUAUAUAGCUCAGUUUGAUGAGUAUCGGAGGAAGUUGAUAGAUCACUUGAUUGAACGGAAAAUCAACCAUUGGGAUACAAACAUUCGCGAAUUGUCCGCGCAGGCUUUAAGUAACUUCACCAAACGGGAUCCGCUCUACAUGCGCGAUGUAGUACUGUCGAAACUUUUCGACUUGACUGAAACGACGGAUCUGAAUGCUCGCCAUGGGGCAACGUUGGCCAUUGGAGAGGUUAUUCUUUCACUUCGACGGCUGAGCGAUGAACAGGAUGGAAUUGAGACAGAGAUGUACAUUUCCAACCAGAUUAUCGAGCGUGGCGGACACUUGGUGAUUAAAUUUCGACAGCGUGGGCAGUUUAAAGGGAUGAGUGGAACGUACAUGAAGCAUGGAUGCGCCAGUUUUAUUCGAAACUGUAGCGAGGCGGAACUGGCUCUAAGUAGGGAGCAGAUCGAAUCCUGGCAGCUCCUGUUAGACGAAUCUGUUGUUGACGAAAAGACUACCACCAGGGAGCUUGCGGUGAGUGCGUUCUCCGCAUUCUGCACGACAUACUAUCGAUCGGAAGAUACCGCAAAACUCACCGAUCUGAUCGACAGUUAUCUCCGAGACCUAUGCGACACGAAACUGGAACACAAAGCCCAAGGCAUAGCAUCCGCUCUGGGUGCACUGCCGAAAUUUAUGCUGGAGCUCAGGCUUGUCGAUAUUCUUAGGGCACUUGAUCAGAAGACAGUUCUGCCGGAAAUGUUCGCCGUCGGAUACAACCAUUCCGAAAUGCGACGCGAUUGUAUCAAGGCACUGGCUAGCGUUGUUCAAACGGUUGGUUUCGAGAACAGCACGCUGGAUCUGGACAAAGUUUACAAAAUUUACAUACGAGCCCUGGAGGAGUAUGCGAUUGACAAUCGAGGAGAUAUUGGGUCUUGGGUACGAGAAGCCGGCAUAAAUGCAUUGUUCCAAUUUUUAACCACUUGCCCGGAAAAUUUUUUAACCCCGGCGCAGGUCCAGAAAGCUUUGAUCGCUAUCGCUAAACAAUCGGUUGAAAGAAUUGACAAAAUUAGAGCGGUAGCUGGAAAAACUUUUGUUUCUUUGAUCUACCACCAACCGGAAAUUCCGCAUAUCGAACAUAAGGAAACACUUCGCAGCAUCUUUCCGGAAGACACUUCCGAGAUUCUGUGGUUAUUCCCACAUCACACAUUCCCGCUGUUCAUACAGUUGCUCGACAUUCCCGAGUACGUGGACAGCAUCGCCGAAGGAUUAAUACUCUCCGUUGGAGCUCCAACCGAAUCGCUGCACAGCUGUGCAGCUAAAUUGAUGAACGAUUAUCUCAAAAACCACGAACAAUUUAUUCCACAAUUUGGAGCGACCGUACUGAGAACUCUGCAGGGAAAAACCACUAAAGAUACCCUCUUCAUGACCUCCACCUUCCAGUUCAUCUCUGAGUUGCUGGCAUCCACCACCAACACCCGGCUGCUGCUCUCCGACGAGUCGUCCGAUUUCCCGGAGGCAAUCUUUACCGUCGUAAACGAUCUGGUCGCUCACGGCAAGAAACACUUCAAUUCCAUCCCGGUGUACUGUGCACUCAUACUGGCCCCGAAGAUCUGCAAGCGAGUGCUCAGCAAGCUGGUAAUGUAUCUGGGAAUGCUGUGUGUUAAUAUUCGACGCGAAACUGCUCUCAAAAUGUACGAAACCCUGUUGGUGUACGGUGAUCAAACGUGCAUCCCGGAGGAGAAUCUGGACGAGGUACUGGCCUGUCUGAGCGAGGAGAAAUGGGACGGAGAACUGGAGGAAGCCAGAAAGAUACGAAAUCAGCUGUGCGUUCUACUAGGAAUCAAACCGCCGGUGGUGCGGGUGAAGAAGUGAAAAGCUACACAUACUGUUUUACGGAAUCGAAUGAUGCACAGUGUAUGAAUCUAUACUUAUAGUCAUUACUUCACGCUCACUAAUAUUUUACAGUUUUGAUAUUUAUGUAUUCAUUAAAGUAGUCGCAGGACGAUGCACGUUCGGGUGAUAAUAAAAUCAUGCUUGUACUAA